CCGCGCGAAUCAUUCCCCGCCAGUUUCUGCCCGAGCCGCUGGUGGUGUUGCUCUGCUGCGUCCGCGGUGACAACAUGGAGCCGGGGGCCGAGCAUCGGGUCGGCGAAUUGUCGAAGAGCGAGAUCCUGAGGGGGAUCAUCACCGAGAAGCUGUGCACCGCCGCCCGGGAGAUCCUGGCGGUGGUGGAGAGGACCGUGUCCGGGUACGAGGAGGAGGCGGCGGGCUUCAGGCUGGAGGUGGAGCAGCAGAGGAGGCAGCUGGAGGCGCUGCUGCAGGUGUCCUCCAUCAAACUGGAGGAAACAGAUGACCAGCAGCUGUAUCCCAGCUACCAGCCGCCGCCACCACCGCCACUGGAGGAGGAGGAGGAGGAGUCAGGGAGAGGAGAACCUGUCCAAGAGGAGCAGCAGCACAAAUACGAGCUGAGUGUGGAGGCGGACGGAGGAGUGAGUCUCCUCUGCUUCACCGGGGAAUACCAUGUGGAGGAGGAGUCCACUGAACAAGCUUUACCGACGCCCACAAAGGACCAGGAACCAAUCACGGAGCAGGAUUUUGACACAUUGACAGGGUCGUUUACUCCCUGGGUUCAGUCUUACAGGCGGAGCACUGGCAGGCAGCGCAUUAGUGAAGAACAGAACCACGUAGAUCUCAGAAUCCGCAUCCUGGGGGACUCGCAGAUUAACUGCCUCUCGAGUGAAGUGUAUCGGAAGUACCCGCUGCAUGAGCUGCAGUGUCCUCGCGGUCUCAAGGAGACGGACUUCCUGCACCUGCUCAGGUCCACCUUCCCUCAGCUGGCGGCCGACUUUGAUUUCUUCACGACCGACAGGAGCAGGAAGCUGCACCCGCUGAAGGUCAAGAAGCUGACGCCGGAGGAGAUCCGCCGCAGCAUCAGGUCCAACGGGACCUCCGCCCUCUACAUCCGCCUGAAGGAGCAGCGGAUUGUCUCGGUGUUUCAGAAGCAACAGGAGCCCCGGGCCUCUAAUGAAGAGUUUCAUCCGUCACCGGGUGGAGCUGCUGCUUCUCCGUCCUGUCACUCCGGAGUUCAGUCUGACAGGCGCAGGCCUCGGAUCAAGGAAACACUGAACGGCGUCACUCUCAAGCUCCGCAUCCUGGAGGACCCCGACACCAAGACGCUCUCCAAUGAUGUGUAUCGAAUGAGCCCGCUGCAGCAGCUGCAGUGUCCUCUGGGUCUCAAGGAGUCGGGCUUCCUGCGCCUGCUCAGGUCCACGUUCCCUCAGCUGGCUGGAGACAAACCGUUUGACAUCUUCACGUAUGAUAAUCACAGGAAGCUUCAUCCUCUGAGGAUCAACGUUCUGACGCCAGAGACCAUCAACAGGAGGAUCUUGUCCUGCGGCCGUGCAUUCCUCUGCAUCCGACUGAGGCAUCUGGAGGAACUCCAGAGCCGAGAGGAGCAUCUUCCAUCCCCUGCUGAUCCGACCAACCUGAACACCAGCAUUCAGUCUGACAGGAAGAAGAUGGGCAGACCUCGCCGCAGGAGCACACACAACCUUUUGGAUUUCAAGAUCUGCAUCCUGGAGGACAGGCAGCUCAGCAGGUUCUCAAUGAACGUGUCUCAGAAGUUCCCGCUGCAGCAGCUGCAGUGUCCUCGAGGUCUUAAGAAGACGGACUUCCUGCACCUGCUCAGGUCCACCUUCCCUCAGCUGGCUGGAGAUAAACCUUUUGACUUCUUGAAGUCCGGCAGAGGAAAGAAUUUUCUUCCCCUGAGGGUCAAGACGCUGACGCCUGACGAGAUCCACAGGAGAAUCUGCUUAGACGGACGUUCAACCCUCUACAUCCGGCCGAAGGCUCCAGAAGAAGCUCAAUUCAAUAAGGAAACGUCUUGUGUCCUGCGGAAACCAAAGCAGGACACGAGACAAACCAGACCGAGCAAACACAACAAUCGGUCCAGCCGCUCAACGUCAAGGGGACGAGAAGACGAGAAGAUUGAAACAAAGGAAAACGAUAAUAAGUCCCUGGAUCUGCGGUCUUUGCCCGUUCCUGAGAGCAAGAGGGAAGAAGAUGAGACGAAGAAGGAAGACAGCAACUGGAAACUAGAAAAAAGUGAAAAGAAUCGGAGAAAAAGAGAAUCAGAGACGACACAGAGGCUCCGAUUCAACCGAUCAGGCCCCAAAAUGAAGAGGAGGCGAAUCCAGUCGUACCCACGGGCUUCAUCCCCACGGCCUUCAUCUUCACGGGCUUCAUCUUCACGGGCAGCGUCUCCACCGGCCUCAUCUCCACGGGCGUCUCCUUCACAGGCUUCUCCUUCACAGGCUUCUUCUUCACAGGCUUCUUCUUCACGGGUAUCGUCUUCAAGGUCAAUGUCUACACGGGCAUCGUCUCCAUGGGCGGUUACUGCCUCAGGUGAGGUUAUUCCGUCCUGUAAAGUCUGUGGAGCGGUGCGUCGGUCAGUGAACAUGGUGAUCAAACACGCCUGGAAUCACGUUGACGACCCGGUGCGGCUCUGUGGCGUUUGUGGCAAAUGUUCGGCGUCUGCGGAGGAGCUGAGACUUCACCUCCAGGGUCACCAGAAGACUCACGGCUGUCCCAUCUGUGGGAAGUUCUUCCUCUCCAUCCACGGCCUGAAAGGACACAUCUCACGACACAACGGAGAGAAGCCGUACGCAUGUACGAUCUGCCACAAAGCAUUCACUGAGAACUGGGUGCUGAACUCUCACAUGAUGGUCCACGGGGACAAGAUGUCGCACACGUGUGACGUUUGUCAAAAACCCUUCUCCUCCAAGAUGAAGCUCAAACUUCACCGGGCGGCGCACUCGGAGCCGGCGGCGAGAGCCCGAUCGCACGUCUGUGAAAUCUGCAGCAAAAAGUUCCACACGUCCUGGAGGCUGCAGGCGCACGCGAGGAGCCACAGCGGAGAGUUCCUGUCCGGGUCGAAGCUGAUGACUCGAGUCAAGAGCCAAACGUUAUAAUCCACCGUCUGCAGCUCUUCAUCAACCUGAUGGAGUCAGCGUUUGUUACGUGAACAGAAAAACGCUCUCUGACGUUUUUCAUUUUGUCCGAACUUUAACUGUUGCUACUGGAAAAAUUGAGAGUUCAGCAACUCAAUUUUUCUAGAUGUUUACAGAUUUUUAUUUUGGUGUAUAAGUUCUUCAUCACACUCUUCAUUCCAAAACCUAAAAUUUGACUUGUGUACUUUUAUCUUUUUGUCUGUUUGAACAAAGUUUGUUGUAAAAUAUGUUCAAGUUCUGUGAAGCUCGAUGAGUAAAUGACGUUAUGUUUCUCUGACCUGUUUUUUAUUUGAGAAUAAAACAUCAAAGAUUCUAGAUUGAA